AUGAGCCUCCUGCGGCGGCUCCUGCUGCUGGUGCUGGUGGCCCCGGGCGCCCCGGGGGCCCCGGGGGCCCCGGGGGCCCCGGGGGCCCCGGCUCCCUGCCCCCGGGCCUGCUCCUGCCCCCAGCCCACGGAGCUCCACUGCACCUUCCGUUCCCUCCUCAACAUCCCGGCCGUCGUGUCUGAGCACGUGGAACGCAUGAACCUGGGGUUCAACAGCAUCGGUAAGGUCACGGAGGGGUCGCUGGCCGGUCUGAGGAAACUGGAGCUGCUGAUGCUCCACGGGAACAACAUCCAGGAGCUGCCCGACGGCGUGUUCAGGGACCUUGGCUCACUGCAGAUGCUGAAGAUGAGCUACAACCAGCUGACGGAGAUCAGCAGGAACACCCUCCGGGGCCUGUGGUCGGUGGUCCGGAUGCACCUGGACCACAACCACCUGGAGUUCCUCCACCCGGACUCCUUCCAGGGCCUCACCGCCCUGCGGCUGCUGCAGCUGGACGGCAACCGUCUGCGGCAGCUGCACCCGGACACCUUCGCCACCUUCACCCCCAUGGGAAACUUCCACGUCUCCACGCUGCGGCACCUGUACCUGUCGGACAACGGGCUGACGGCGCUGCCCGCGCACCUGCUGGAGACCGUCCCCCUGCUGGAGAACCUGCAGCUGCACGGGAACCCCUGGAGCUGCGACUGCAGCGCCGCAUGGCUGCAGCGCUGGGACACGACGAACCCCGGUGUUUUGAAGUGUAAAAAGGACAGGACCCUUCCUAACGGCCAACUGUGUCCCGUGUGCUCCUCCCCCAGACACCUCGUUGGAAAAGAGCUCCGAGCCGUGGACAAUCUGGUCUGCCGGAGCCCCCAGAUCAGUUCCCCCAACCGAAACUCCCCCACGCCGGACUCCGACAGCGAGGUCAUGACCUCCGACGACUUCAGGGAACCGAUGGGGAACGUGUCCCUGGGCCUGUCCGACGAACACGGACACGAGGUGGAGCUUUCGUGCGGCGUUCGCCAGCCCGGGAACCUGGCGGCGCUCAGCUGGGAGCAGGUGGACCCGGUCCGGCUGGUCUCCAACAUCACCUUCUCGGUGGACCUCCAGUGCCCCGUCGACCGAGGGACGUACGAGAAGCUCUGGCAGCUGAUCGCCUACUACAGCGCCGUCCCGGCUCACUUGGAAAGGGUAUGCGAGGGCACCUCCUGCACUUACCGGCAGGACUCCGUCAGGGACGCCCUGCACUACACGGGACUGGCGGUCAACAUGAGGGCGCGGCCGGAGUGGUUGAUGCAAGACUCCGCAGACCUGCAGCUGAACAGGCUGCAGUCGUCAGCAAAGAUGGUCACAUUGACCCUGAGGUCCAACCUCUCCCGGACGGUGGAAACGGACCUUGUGCGGAGGCAGAGGAGGACGUGGGUCAUGAUCGAGUCCACCAACACGACCCGGAAGGUCUUCAGCGCCGUAGUGGGAAGCCCAAGGGAGCUUCACUGUAACGUCCAAAGCUCCGAGCCGCCGGUUGUGGAGUGGAUGUUACCGGACGGCUCCAAAGUGACCGCUCCGUACAGCAGUCCGGACAACAGGGUGUCCACCACCGCCGACGGACGAUUGUCCAUUAAAGCCGUCAGCCACACCGAUGCCGGGGUCUACUACUGCAUCGCCAGGGUUCCUGGGGACUUUGCCGUCCUCCCCUUCCUGCUUGCGGUGCAGGAGUCGUCCAGCCCCCCUCCGGGGGAGGACCUAUCCGGGAAUUCUAUUGACGCAUCUGCAGGGAACCAAAUCUCCCUGGACUGCACCUCCUCCGGCUCCCCGGAUCCGGACAUCAACUGGAUCCUUCCGGGCGGAAACAUCGUUGGUUUCCAUGCCAACUCGUCCAGAGCGGUAGUUUACCCCAACGGGACGCUACGCGUCCCCCAGAUCCAGCCGUCGGACGCCGGUUUCUACAAGUGCGUGGCCAUGAAUCAACACGGCGUUGACACACUGGCGACGAAGGUCAACGUGGCGCGGCGUAAAGGGCUGCUCCGGCCGCUGAGGAGGUUCCCGGCCAGACCCCAGUCGGCCUCGGGGGUCAGCACUCGGAUACGGGUCCCCACCGACGACCCGGCGGAGGCGUCGGGGGACGCGGGGGACGCGGUGGCCGCCCAGGACGAGCCGCCGACCGCCCGCCUGGACGCCUUCAGGAGGAGGGAGCCGGCAGGGGAUCCUGCAGGUGCGGCCCAGCGCAGGAGGACGAUGCAUCCGUCCAGGAACCUGCGGCCGAGACCUCAGGUGCUCCGGAAACCGGGCGGAUCCGAAAACAGAACCGGCACCGUUGAGACCAGGAGGAGGGUCAACGUGUCCAAAAGUAAAAUAGACCCGGAGAAAUGGGCGGAUAUCCUCGCCAAGAUCAGGGACAGGAAUACCCAGCUCCCCGUUCAGAGGGAAGCGACGGAGAAGACGACGAUCCCUCAGAGAACUACUGAAGUAACGGCUCAAGAGAACCAGGAACCCACUCCUGCCGCCCCCACACAAGCAUUGACGACCCCACCAGCUACAACCGAGCAGUACACAACCCGCGAGACGACGACGGACCCAGGCACAAGUUCUGCUCCUCCGCACACCGUCGCUACCUGGCCGGGGAGCGACCCAGAACUCUUGACGAGACAAGUUCCCAGCAAACCUUCGAUUGACCCCCUUGAACAAGAGGAUUUUACUGAGACCGGAACCCCAGUUCCUAGCCCCGCCCAUCUGCCGUCCGAACCCACGCCUCCAACGCCGUCUCCAACCCCGGUCCUUGUUACCACCUCAACGGCGAGGAGACGACCGCCCCCACGCCGCCAGCAGCACAACUCCAGGACGAGGAACGGAGGUCGGAAGAAGAGGCCAGGCAGGAGGAAACAGAAGGGGACUAAAACUAACCGAGUUAUCGCCACCACGACUAUGAGCGCCCCGGUUCCGACAAUCGUGACCACCGACUCCACGGAGCUAAACGCCCGCGGUUUUAGCACCGUUCCAGUUCCAGUUCCAGCCACCACCGGCCUAGAGACGUCACCCGGAGGACUGAGUCGUGAAGAAAGCACAGCUUCGUCACCAACAGGCGAUCCUUGGUCUGAACCGGCCAUUGGAGUCUCCAUAGGUGCAUCUCCUUCAGGUCUUCCGGAGAUCUUCACCACCAAGUUUACGGAGAGUCCUCUUCCAUCUGAUACCCCUUCAGAAACGAUGGAAGAAGAAGACGUUGAACCCUCAUUUGAGGAGUUCCCCAAGGUGACCGAAUUGCCAACAUCCCCACCGGAGUUUGAUCCUUGGUCUGAACCCGCCUAUGGAGUCUCCAUAGGUGCAUCUCCUUCAGGUCUUCCUGGGAUGGAAAGUCCUCCUCGAUCCGGUAGCCCUUUGGAACCAAUGGAAGAAGUUUCAGCAGACGUUGAAUCCUCAUUUGAGGGGUUCCCCACGGUGACCGAAUUGCCAACAAUUCCUCCAAAGUUGGAUCCUUGGUCCCAACCAGCCAUUGGAGUCUCCUUAGAUGAAUCUCCUUCAGGUCUUCCUGAGAUCUCCACCACCAGGUCUACAGAGAGUCCUCCUCGAUCCGGUAGCAAUUUGGAACCGACGGAAGAAGCUUCGGCAGACAUUGAACCCUCAUUUGAGCCAACAGAUACUGAGAACAACCAAUCAGACCUUGAAGAGACGCUAGUUGACCAUGAGGAAGGGUUUCGAUUAACGAGUUCUUCACACCAAACUCCAACCACCAUGACCCCGUCGCCAACAGAUACUGAGAACAACCAAUCAGACCUUGAAGUCACAAUCGCUGACCAUGAGGAAGAGUUUCCAUCAACGGGUUCCUCCGACCGACCUCCAACCACGAUGACCCCUGGAACGUCUUUGACUGGAGGGACAUCAAGCACACUUUGGGAUUACUUUGAAUCAGAACAAAAUCUACUUGAAACAGAACAAGUUACUACUGUCCCCCCUGGUGCACCUGAAGGAUUUGAUCAUAGUCAAGAGGAAAUAACGAGGACGGAGAUCAAGGAAACUCCAAUCAAUCGUCCGACACCUUUCUCUGCAACCUCACUGGAGUCCGUCACACUCUCUGGAGUCCCGAUAGAUGUCACAGAACUGAAAAUAUCCUCCACCGAGGCUGAAACAAACCUUUCUCCAAGUACCCAGAAUCCCCGGAUCACAGCCGAUCACAUCCAUCUCUUCAGAGAAACAUAUGAAACGACCUCGUCCCCCGACCAGGAAUUCGCCGUCACAACCUUCACGGACAAACCCGAUCCCCCAACCACGACUCCGUUAAUAACCCCUCAGGACGGACUUAGGGAACUCCCCGGGCGAGGAUUCACUCCCAGAGAGAAGCCAAGGAUAACUCAAACCCAUUUCCAGACGAUCAGCGUGAAAGCAGAAGCAGAUGCUCGGAUUCCCUGCAGGGCCGAGGGCCGACCGGUGCCCUUCCUGCUCUGGACGCACCUCGCUACUGGGACGAGUCUUUCCCGAAACAACAGAGUCCAGAGGUUGGAGGUCGACCAAAACGGGACGUUAACCAUCAGGAACACUCGGGUGACGGACCGGGGCCAGUACCUGUGCACGGUCCAGAACCCGUACGGCAUGGACAAGAGGAUGGUUGACCUGGUGGUCCAGACCCCCGCGGUCCAACCCCUGGCUCCACCCGUCCCCCCUCCUCGGUACCGAAACCUCACAAUGCCCCCAACGAUCCAGGAGUCGCCAAAGGAGAGCCUGUCCCUCCCGGAGGGAAGCGCUGCGUUCAUCCCCUGCACCGCCGACGGGGCUCCCCGACCCGCCGUCCGCUGGACCACGCCCGAGGGGAUCCAGCUCACCGUGGCGCAGCGGGUAACCGGGCGCAACUUCAUCGUCUUCCCCAACGGGACCCUGCACAUCCGGGAACUGGUCCCCGGGAACUCGGGCCGCUACGAGUGCUCGGCCAGCAGCUCGGCGGGCUCCGGCCGGAGGACCGUGGUCUUGGACGUGAAGAGGAACCUGUUCUCCGCCAAGGCCAGGAUCACGUCCACGUCUCCGGGGAAGACCGACGUGAUCUACGGGAGCAAGCUGCUGCUGGACUGUGUGGCCAGAGGAGAACCGGAGCCCCGGGUCAUCUGGAGGACGCCGUCCAAGAAGCUGGUGGACGCUCAGUACAGUUUUGACCCGAGGAUCAAGGUGUUCCUCAACGGGACGAUAAGCGUUCAGUCGGUGACGGACAAGGACGGCGGGGACUACCUGUGUUUGGCGAGGAACAAGAUGGGCGACGACUACGUGCAGCUGCGGGCCGACGUCCUGACCAGACCGGCCAAGAUCGAGCAGAAGCAGCAGCGCUCCAGCCAGGAGGUUCUGCACGGCCAGGACCUGAAGGUGGACUGCGUGGCGUCGGGGCUCCCCGACCCAAAGAUCAGCUGGGUGCUGCCCGACGGCACCAUGGUGAACCUGGUGAAGCAGAGGGACUGGGGCGGCGGCCGCAGUCGCAGGUACGUGGUGUUUGAUAACGGGACUCUUUACUUCAACGACGUGGGCGUCCCAGAAGAAGGCGACUACACCUGCUACGCAGAGAACCAACUGGGCAAAGACGAGAUGAAGGUCAGGGUCAAGGUGAAGGUCACGACGUCUCCACCACAGAUCCAGGACAAAGACCACAAGGCCGUCCGGGUUUUCUACGGCGAGACCGUCACCCUCCAGUGCAAGGCCAAGGGGGAACCGGUACCGGUCGUCACCUGGAUGUCCCCGGUCAAGAGACUGAUCUCCCCGACGUUGGACAAGUACCAGAUCCUGGACGACGGGACUCUGAUCGUCCAGAAGGUCCAACGCUUCGACGGCGGUAACUACACCUGCGUGGCGAGGAACGGGGCCGGACAAGACCAUAAAGUCACCGGCCUGGAGGUGCUGGUGACGCCGCCGGUCAUCAACGGUUUGGGAGGAGCGGCCAACGUGGUCACGGUGGCGGCGGUGCAGGACCAGGACCGGUGGCUGGACUGCGUGGCCAAGGGAACCCCGACUCCUCGCGUCAUGUGGAUCCUGCCUCGAAAUGUGAUCCUUCCCGCGCCGUACUUCAGCAACAGACUGACCGUCCACCUCAACGGCACCUUGGAGAUACGAUCGCCCAAGAAAACGGACUCCGGACAACUUGUUUGCGUCGCUCGUAACGAAGGAGGUGAAGUCCGACUUGUGGUCAACUUGGAUGUGAAGGAAGCUUUCCAAAUGCCCCAAACGACAGGCGGCAACACGGAUCGGUUGUCGCUAAGACCGGGGGAUCCCGUCACUCUGAAUUGCUCCUUUGAGGGAUUGCGCCUUCCUCAACUUACUUGGAUCUUACCCAACGGCACGCCUUUGCUCGCCGGUGCUCGGGUUUCUAAGUUUUUCCACCGGCCCGAUGGCUCGUUGGUCAUCAGCAACCCGUCCGUGGCCGAGAUCGGGGUGUACCGAUGUCUGGGGCGUCACCCCGCAGGAGUCUUGGAGCGGAAAAUCACCCUGGCCACGGGGAGGAAGCCGGAGAUCCAGAACAGAUACCCGUCUCACGUCAGCAUCGCCAACGGCGAAACGCUUCACCUUCACUGUCAAACCACUGGCGAGCCUCUGCGGUUGGCGUGGACCUUGCCCAGCGGCGUCGUCCUCAACCGGCCGCAGAGAGCCGGACGCUACGCCGUCCUCCCCAACGGGACUCUCGCCAUCCAGCACGUGUCCGUCCACGAUCGAGGGGCGUACGUCUGCAGAGCCGCCAACGAAUACGGCAGCUCCCUGCUGUCCACCUCCGUCGUCGUCAUCGCCCAGCCGCCGCGGAUCACCACCGGCCCGCCCAACGUCACCUACACCAAACGCGGCGUGGCCGUCCAGCUGAACUGCGUGGCGGCCGGCAGCCCUACGGCGGAGGUGGCGUGGGAGACGCCCGAUAAGAUGCGUUUGGCCGUCACGACGCAACCGCGACUCUUCGGAAACAAGUACCUUCACCCCCAAGGCUCCCUCAUCAUCCAGAACCCGACGCAGAGAGACGCCGGCGUUUACCGCUGCACCGCCAGAAACGCCGUCGGCAUUGACUCGAAAGCUACGUUUCUCAACGUCUUCUAAGGAACUUUUUCUACUCUUCAUUGCCGUAUCGACUGCCCAGGAAACUACCCAAGCGUGGUACGAACUUACUGCCACAGCGAUGAAACAACCGGCCGAUUGUAACCUAGAAUAUUUCCGUAGAACUCCUCGGUACCUGACACUCGUUGAGUAACACAAGCACAGCGGUUACAAUCAGUGGAAGUUUUAUCUCUGGAAUCUAAACAGUGGUACCAAACUUAAACAAGACUUGAACACUGUAAACAACAACCUAUUAAAACUGCUAGAUCUGACAUGAACGGUGUCUCGGCAUGUGUGUGUAACGACGGGGGGUUUUUAUGCUUCUGUUUUGAUAAAGUAAUUGUUUACAGAGUUUAGUUUGCAUAUUGUGA